AUGUCUGACAACCAUCAUGCUGAUGACAAAAUAAUAUCCGUACACCACCCAUCCGAAAACCAUGAUAGUAGAGGACUUGUCAAUCAACAUGAAGAAGAUACUAUAGAGGCAUCUCUAGAAGGCCAUGAAGUCAACCAAAUCAAAGACAGCCCAAGGACGAUUACUGGUGCAGAGGACCCCUAUUUUACCGAAGGAUUAAAGAACCCAGGCUGGUUGAGCACAGGUGCUCUUUUCUUGACGACGUUUUCAAUUUUCGGCAUUACAUUCUGUUGGGGCGUGUUCCAGCCACACUACCUCAACCACGUGUAUCCAGGGCAAACCGACAUUUUUCGAAUUGCUUUUAUUGGGACAAGCACACAGGCAAUCACCACAUUAUUAGGAUUGCCCUUGACUUUUGUGAUUCGAUGUAUUGGGUACAAGGGCACCAUGAUGAUUGGGGUGAUUCUUUUGCCGCUGGGUCUUAUCUUGGCAAGUUUUGCCACACAGCUAUGGCAAACAGCUUUGGCGCACGGUGUUUUGGUGGGCAUAGGAGCUGCAUUUUGCUUUAGUUCAUCAUUCAUGCUGCCAUCCCAGUGGUUUGUACGACGACGAGCAACCGUGAAUGGUAUUGGUAAUGCUGGUGCUUGUGUUGGUGCCUUGUGUUUAUCACCGCUUGCUGAACAUCUUAUCGAAACACUCGGCUAUCGUAAUGCAUUACGUGUCUUGGGUAGUAUUGUAUUUGCUCUAUUGAGCUUGGCAACACUCAUCGCAAGAGCAAGAUACCCUCCAUCACCCUCUUCAAAUACUACCACGACUACGACACCAAGCAGCAUCAUGCAAAAAAAGAGACGUAAAAUAGCCUUCUUUCGAUCUUCCCCAUUAUUCAGUGCACCCUUUGCUUUCGCUCUGGUAUUCUCACUAUUGACGCCCUUUGGGUAUGUGGCUCCAUUUUAUCUUAUGCCGACCUAUGUUAUGCAAGUGGUUGGUUCCAGUGCAUCAAUGGGUGCAGCAUUCGUCUCGGUGGGGAUGGCCACUGGAGUUGUAUCUCGUCUUGGAUCUGGAUUUAUUGGCGAUCGCAUAGGUCCAAUCAAUGCACUCUUUUUAGCAACGCUAAUGUCAGCUAUUCUUAUCAUGGCGUUGUGGCCGUUUUCUCAUUCAUUACCCGUGUGUGGCAUAUUUAGUGCAGCAAUGGGUUUGACGGCAGGGACGUACUUUGGACUUAUCCCAUCGGUACUUGCGAGAAUCGCUGGUAUGGAGCAUCUCUAUGUUAGUGGUGCAGUGGCGUGGAUGUUCAUCUCGAUUGGGUCGUUGCUUGGCACUCCAUGUGUCGGGAAAAUGCAAAAAGAUCUGGGAUGGCCAUAUGCUAUUCAAUUUGCAGGAGCAGCCGAACUCAUAGCUGCUUUAUGUAUGCUAGCUAUCAAACUAUUAUUGGAUCGAAGACUCUGCAGCAAAAUAUGA